GCGGGAAAGCUUUGCGGUUCUCAGAUCCGUUACAUGAAUGCCAACAAUGGGUCUUCUUCAAAUCUGGAAAAUUCAAGCGAGAACAAAAAGAAUACGAAAGAAAUUAUCAAAAACGAAGAUGAAAAUUCCGAAGAGAAAGUAGUGAUAAACACGGAUGCAACAAAUUGUGAUAUUAAAACUCUGGAAGAAGAGCCAGAUUGUUCAGAUAAUAAAAUCGAAUCAUCUUUAGAACUGCCUUUAGAACCGACCCUUCACGAACGAUUUUUGCGUAUCAAGCAAAUCGUGAAGGACGCUAUAACUGCCCAUCAUACUUUUAUGAUUUAUGGCAAGUCACGGGUCAUUCGCGAUUGCAUGCUGAAAAGAGGAUGGAGCGAGAAAUUUUAUCGCAAAAACAACGGCGCUGAUCAGCAUUUUAGCGUCGAAUGCAGUCCGGCAGUUUUACUGGCUGGAAUCAGCGAUUUGAAGGAUGAACAAAACGAACGUUUAUUGAUAUCAAGAAUGCUUACCAAUCAUACUGUCAAUUUCCUCUGGAAUACGGGGUCCGACUGGCCCGGAUGGCCCGCGCAAGAUAACAAAACUACUGUGUUCAAUCGAUAUUGUCGAGCUGGUUUUACGUCCAAGGUGGGCUUGUGUUCAAGCGUCAGACAAAUGCACUGGUAUUACGAAGCUGGAGUGGCUAACACUUUAUUUCCACGUUGCUACAACAUAUGUCAGAGCGACCAGAUGCACGCCUUCGUCGAGGACUUUCGACUCACAAGUUGCUUGAGUCUUUUGAAAUGGUUAGUAGACAAAGUCAACGCCGAGGGCGAAGACAUCGUAUGUUCACCAACUGGUACGAUACCUCUCAAAGCUCUCGAUUUUGCAAUCAAAAGAUGCAAUGAUUAUAUUAGUACCCAAUCGCACGUAGACAUCGAUCAAGAGGGUGAGAGAGUCUGGUCUCAUCAGUGGGACCAAUUUAUUAGCUGGUAUUACCAGAUCAUUCAUGGUCAAGCUGUCUUCAUUCGCACCAAUGUACUCUUUAACAAAUAUGUUCUGGCUUCAAAGCACACAUUAAAAAAGAUGAAACAAUACUGGCCGCAGAUAGAUAUGGAUGGCGUAAUGAACAUGUGGAUCCUGAAACCUGGGAACAAGAGCCGAGGACGCGGUAUUGUUCUAAUAAACAAAUUGGAGGAUGUGAUGGCGAAAGUAAAUCAAACAGGCAAACCAGACACACGAUACGUUGUGCAAAAGUACAUCGAACGGCCAUUAUUGAUUCACAAUACAAAAUUCGACAUAAGACAAUGGUUCAUCGUGACAUGCGCUCAACCUUUAACUCUCUGGAUGUACAGAGAGAGUUAUCUCCGCUUUUGCUCGCAAAAGUUCAGUUUGGAUGACUUUCACGAGUCGAUCCAUCUGUGCAAUCACGCGAUUCAAUGCAAAUACAAUAACUGCGGCGACAGGGACCCCGCUCUACCUACGGACAAUAUGUGGGACGCCACGACAUUCAAGGAAUUUCUCAAAUCUCAAGGUCACGGUGAUGUAUGGGAUAAGCUAAUCUAUCCUGGAAUGAAACAAGGUUUGGUGGGCUCGUUAUUGGCUAGUCAAGAAGCUAUGGACCGACGGAAAAAUAGUUUCGAACUUUAUGGCGCCGAUUUUAUGAUCAUGGAGGAUUUUUCUGUAUGGCUAAUCGAGAUCAACAGUCAUCCGGACAUGAGCUAUUCCACCAGUGUCACUACGCGAUUAUGUCGACAAGUGAUGGAAGACACCAUUAAAGUCGUGGUAGACUUUCGAGAAGAUAAAAAUGCGAAUACCGGAAUGCCGAGCUGCCAGCCGUAUUUGGGAGCCGCUUUGUCACUUCAGGGUACCCGUCUCACCACUUACGAAAAGAAAUUGAGUUUGAAUCAGGAUUCCAAAGCCAGCUUAAUCGCGAGGUCUCCGAUGACGAAAAAGAAGACGGUAGUACACAACAACAUCGGGCCCGUAAUCGUCGAUCUUAUUGAGGAACUACAGAUCCAGCUUGAUCAAGAAUUGUACUCUUCUUAUAACACGGACUCGUCCAAAUCGAGACUGGCACUUCCGGCGACAGCGCCUACGAAGCCUUCAAUUUCUAAUGAGAAAGCGGAAAUUCUCAUAAAGAGUACUUCGGCAAACAUAAAAUCUAUCAAUAAGAUAAAGUCACCAACUUUGUCCAGAACUAACAUUCAGAUUAAACCUUUGAGAAACGGAAAAAGUUCUCCGCAUAAACCGGUACGAAAGUCACGCACAUUCGCCGAUCCUGCAAGCAACAAAUUAGAUACGUCUCCGACGAGACCAACGUUGAUAUCAAAAAUCAUGGCUCUUCAGGAGCAAUCAGCAAACAUGAUGCCUAAAUCUGAAAAACCAUCGAGAAAAAAUGAGGAAAAGAUCAUCAAAACUGCGAUGCGAGACGCCGUAAAAAAGUACAAAAGAAACGUGACGAUUUCGCCACAAAUACCGCCACUGCCGACCUUACUUACGCCAACAACGAAAGUCAUCUCCGCGUCAACGAUUAAGAGUAAGACCCGCAGCUUUCCGAAGAAACGAAUGCAUCAUAAAAAAAAUAAAGUUCUAGAGGAUAUCACCGACAUGUACGCUAUCGGUUUAAGUUUGACCAAAUAAUCGAAAAGUCUAUCAAUCCAUCUGUUAUUCGUUAUCUUCCUCUUUACUGUUGAUUAAUUCUCAAAUUCUAUCUACACAAGUGAUAUAUGUAUACAAUCAAUAAAUGUUACCAUUAUACUA